GAGCUCAGCACAGAGGCGCCCCCCACCUGCCCAGCCCCCAGCCCACCAGUCCAGGGGCACCAGACGGCCUGGGGUUCGGUCCCGGGGGGAGGGGAGUUUCGGGGGUACCGGGCGGGGGAGUCGUGAGCCAGAGGGGAGGGGGCCGCGGGUUUUCAUGUGCCCAGCAUGAGCUCCUACUUCGUCAACCCCCUGUUCUCCAAAUACAAAGGCGGCGAGUCCCUGGAACCGGCCUAUUACGACUGCCGGUUCCCUCAGAGCGUGGGCAGGAGCCAUGCGCUGGUGUACGGGCCCGGCGGCUCGGCGCCCGGCUUCCAGCACGCCUCGCACCACGUCCAAGACUUCUUCCACCACGGCACCUCGGGCAUCUCCAACUCGGGCUACCAGCAGAACCCGUGCUCGCUGAGCUGCCACGGAGACGCUUCCAAAUUCUAUGGCUACGAGGCGCUCCCCAGACAGUCCCUUUAUGGGGCUCAGCAAGAGGCGAGCGUGGUGCAAUAUCCCGACUGUAAAUCCUCCGCCAACACUAACAGUAGCGAAGGACAAGGCCACUUAAAUCAAAACUCGUCUCCCAGCCUCAUGUUUCCAUGGAUGAGACCCCACGCUCCGGGGCGGCGCAGCGGACGGCAAACUUACAGCCGGUAUCAGACCUUGGAACUAGAAAAGGAGUUUCUCUUUAACCCUUAUUUGACACGAAAGCGCCGGAUUGAAGUCUCUCAUGCCCUGGGACUGACCGAGAGACAAGUGAAGAUCUGGUUCCAGAAUAGAAGGAUGAAGUGGAAAAAGGAGAACAACAAGGAUAAACUUCCUGGAGCCCGAGAUGAGGAGAAAGCAGAGGAAGAAGGAAAUGAGGAAGAGGAGAAAGAAGAGGAGGAAAAGGAAGAAAAUAAGGACUAAGCAAAAAAAAAAGAGAGAGAGAUUUUCCCCCUUUUAGCAACUCCCUUGAAGUUUUGUUUUAUGGUAGCGGAUAAAUUGAGAAGUUUACGACUGUCAUUUGCUUUUAUAGAGAAUAGAAUGACACUCACAACUCUAACUACCUGUCAGAUACUUGCAGCUCUGGUUUUAUUACCUUUGGACUUCCCCUGCUCUUUAUUUGUCUGGGGGCUGAAUGGGGGAGACCAAGACACAGCGAAAAAGAAAAGUUCGGAUUCUGUCUCAGUCCUUGCCCCCAACACACACACUUGCCCCUACCCCCACCCUUGUGAGUCCUUCCUGGAUUUUAAGGUUUGAGACCUGGCCUCUAGCCUCCUACCCCCUCAUCCCCUUCUUGCCACACUCCUACCUCCUCCCUUUUUCUCUAGUAUUUAUUUUGGAGAGGAGCCCCCUUAAAAUGCUGAAGAGCACCCGUGGCUUUGUUUUGAUGCUAGGAUUCGCUUAUUAAAUUUACUUCUUCUUUCUUUUUUUUUUUUUAAAGAAAGGGAAGGAGAAAAAGAAGAAAGUCAAGGAAAUAUUACAAAGAAAUAAGAAAAUGAUAGCAAGGAAUAUCUCCCCACGGGGCUUCCCGCUUUGAAUGACAUGCUUGACUUUCUUUAGGAAUCUGAUGAAAACCUGAAGGAGACAGGUCUCUCCACUCCCCCCACCCCCCUUUUAAGGGGGUAGAUAGGAGACAGUAGUCUCCUCUCAAAUCCUACCUAGCCAUCCCAUGGUCACUUGGGCCCAAGCCUUCCUCUCUUUUGCUAUCUGAUUUCUGUUCUGUUGGACCCACUUCCUCUGAGCUGCAUUAGUAUUUGUGCUCAGAAAUCACCAUAAUCAUGAAUAAUAAUAAUAAUAAUAAUAAUACUGAUAAUAAAUCUUUAACAUACUACCUAAAGGGAACCUGCAAUAAUCUUGAGGGAAAAAAAAAAAGAGAGAGAGAAAAAUCCUAAUACAGGAGAAAAAAA